CGACACCGCCGAACACCCUCGCACCCCACAACGCACGCCAAUUGACACCAUGGCAGCGGGCAAGAAGGUCGCAAAGACCUCUCGCGACAAGAAGCAGCCUGCUUCAAACAAAGUCGCCACCGGGCGCGUUGGCAAGACCAAGAAGGCAGCCGCCAAAGCUCCCGGCCCACUGCUGAACCUCGUUCAGUCCUUCCUGAACGAGCACGGCUAUACGGAAGCCGCGAGCAAGCUUCAGGCUGAGGCUCCCGCCGCCGCAAGCGCAGCGUCUCCGAAAGACCUGCCCGCUCUUACCACGCUCUACGAGCAAUGGGAGAAGAACGCCAAGGAUGCGUCUGGUGCCAUGGACGUCGACGACAACAGCGCGGCUGGCAGCGACGACAGCAGCAGUGCUUCCGAAAGCGAUUCGAGCGACGACAGCAGCGACUCCGAAGACGAGAAGAAGGCACCCAGGAAGGAGGCAGCCGCGAAGGACUCAGACUCUGAUUCCGACUCUGACUCUGGCUCUGAUUCUGAUUCUGAUUCUGAUUCUGAUUCUGAUUCUUCCAGCUCGAGCUCGAGCUCUGAUUCGGAAUCAGAAGAUGAGAAGGCCAAGCCUGUCAAGAAGAGCAAGCGCGCUGCCUCUGUUGCUUCUUCGUCUGCUUCGUCCUCGUCGGACAGUGACUCGGAUAGCGACUCUGAUGCCGAGCCCGCCAACAUCCCGCUCCCCGAAUCCGACUCUUCAGACUCCUCUGAUUCUUCGGAUUCAUCGGAUUCCUCAGAUUCCUCCGACUCUUCAGACUCCUCCGACAGCGACAGCGACUCCAGCUCCGAUUCCGAGGCCGAAGUGAAGACCACACAGACUAAGAAGGCUAAGAAGGCGGCUUCUAUCUCUUCAUCUUCGUCUUCGAGCUCCUCCUCUUCUAGCGACUCUGACUCCUCUUCUUCCGACGAGUCGGACGUUGCCCCUGAGAAGAAGGCGAAGAUCACCAAGAAGGCCGCGAAGAAGGAUGACUCUUCGUCCAGCAGCGACUCCAGCUCUUCUGACAGCGACUCGUCCGACUCCGACAAGGAGGAGAAGAGCGACUCAAGCGCAACUGUUGGACGUGCUUCUCCCGUACCUGCUGCUGGCAAUAAGCGCAAGCAGUCUGACUCCGACUCAGCCGCCGUUGACGGCCCAGCUAAGAAGAAAAACCACGUCGAGAAUCGAUUCCAGCGUAUUAAGCCCGACACGGCCGUGGAUCCUCGUUUCGCUAGCAACGAUUAUGUGUCUUAUGACUAUGCCGACCGCGCUCAUGCCGACUUGGUCGUGACCAAGGGCAAGGGCUUCACAAAGGAGAAGAACAAGAAGAAGCGGGGAUCUUACAGGGGCGGCAUGAUUGACACGUCGGGUGGCAAAGGUAUCAAGUUUGAGGAUUAAAUUGCCUCUGCACGAGUCGUGAAGAAUGUUUUCGAUGGAACCAGGUCGCUAAUCUUCUUUGGAUUUUGCAGGACGUGAACAAGAGCAUGUGCAAGAUCAUGGACGCAAAGACACUCGAGAUGAUGGUGGACGUGGUGGACGAUGUGGCCGGGGGGGUGGUGUUGGACGAGGUCGCGGUCGGGGAACCAGUCGUCGCAGUUUCGGCAGCCGUAAAACCCCCUUCCACUGAGGCAGAGCAGUUUAUGCUUGAACUCAUCACGAUGGCAUGGUUGAAGUGGGAGCAGCAGGAUCUGAAUUUGAUUUCGGCGUUCGGUGGAAAAGCAGCAUACCCUUUCAUCGGCGGCAUGUGCCUUCCUUGCAGCACCUGUCUUCGCAGCGGAUAGAUCAACGGGCUUGCCAGGCCCACAUUAUGUAGUUUAGCUAUUCCAUGAUACUGUACAUUGG